AUGGCCACCCCGUUCCUUAUCUCCUACCCCUCCUCCCCCACCUCCGGCCUGUCCCUGAAGCAGAUCGCCUACUUCGGCCGUGUGCUUGUGAAGGUUACGAGUCUGUCCCAGGCAGAGGAUUUCCUGCACCAGCACUUUCGGCAGCUUGAUGUCUUCGUCGACGCGACUGACGUCUCCUCCGCCGGUGACCUGGUCGAUAUCCUCAAUGCCGGUGCCGCCAAGAUCUUGAUCACCCUCGACCAAUUGACGACCCUCUCCCAGGAACAGUCGGUUCCGUCGUCUCGUUUGGUCGUCUACGCCCUUUCUGAGGCCGAGUUGGACACUUUCCAGCAAUGGAUCGCCGCCAAUUCCGAACGCAAUGACGCAAGUGUCUGCACGGAACCCGCCCACGUCGCGGCGGCCGCCGCCAACUUGAGGAUCAGUGCGGACUCGCCGCGCCUCUACACAACCUAUGGAGACCAAACGGUGUCGGAGGAUACAGUCCAACAGACCAUCCAACAGAACGCGAUUGCUAUUCUCUCCUCGCAGGCGUUGACCGUGGAGCGGGAUGCACCGAACCAAAUCUCUGCGGCGAAGCUCCUCGCGUCGCGCGCUGUCACCGAUCAGGCCAAUGGGUUGUAUGCGACUUCUGUUACGGAUGAGCGAGGCUCUUGUCUGGGUGUUGUCUGGAGUAGCGAUGAGAGUAUCGCUGAAGCUCUCCGCACCGGGACCGGGGUCUACCAGAGCCGGAAGCGUGGGCUGUGGUACAAGGGCCAGUCGAGCGGAGAUGUGCAGGAACUGAUCCGCAUUGGAUUCGACUGCGAUGCCGACUGCCUGGUCUUCGUGGUAAAGCAAAUUGGACGCGGCUUCUGCCACCUCGGUACCGAAACCUGCUUCGGCGCAUCCGCCGGUCUUUCCCGUCUUCAGAAAACCCUCCAAGCCCGCAAGGCAGACGCACCCGCAGGAUCCUACACUGCUCGCUUGUUCAAUGACCCCAAGCUCGUGCAGGCUAAGGUCAUGGAGGAAGCAGACGAGUUGUGCCGCGCGACCACCAAGGAAGAGAUUGCCUUCGAGGCGGCCGACUUGUUCUACUUUGCUCUGACUAAGUGUACUGCCGCCGGCGUUAGCCUCGAGGAUAUCGAGCGGAAUCUCGACCUCAAGAACUUAAAGGUGAAGCGGAGAAAGGGCGAUGCCAAGGGCCCCUGGGCAGAGAAGGCAGGUCUGGCUGCCGCCGAAUCGAAGCCUGCGCCGGCACCUGCGCAGCCCGAGCCGCCUGCCGAGGACCGCACAACCCGGAUCGAAAUGAAGCGUGUGGUAACCGCAUCCACCCCUCCCAAUGUGGUCACGGACUACCUCAAGCGUCCCUCCCAGAAGUCCAACGAUGCCAUCGUCGGCCUGGUGCGUCCGAUCAUCCAGGACGUUCGCGACAAUGGCGAUGCUGGGGUACUGAAGUACACCCACAAGUUCGAGAAGGCUACUUCGUUGACCUCCCCGGUCAUCCACGCGCCUUUCCCGGCAAACCUCAUGCAGCUGGAACCUGAGACACAGAAGGCGAUUGAUGUCAGUAUCGGUAACAUUGAACGUUUCCACGCCGCACAGAAGGGAAGCAACGAUGCCCUCCAGAUGGAGACUAUGCCUGGUGUGGUCUGCUCCCGCUUCUCGCGUGCCAUUGAGCGAGUGGGCCUGUACAUUCCCGGUGGCACUGCGGUACUACCAUCCACGGCAAUGAUGCUGGGUGUGCCGGCCAUGGUGGCGGGCUGCCAAAAGAUCAUCUUGGCGUCGCCGCCCCGUGCAGACGGCAGCAUCUCACCGGAGAUCGUAUACGUCGCUCACAAGGUCGGUGCCGAGAGCAUUGUCCUGGCGGGCGGCGCGCAAGCUGUGGCAGCUAUGGCCUACGGCACAGAAAGCAUCAGCAAGGUGGACAAGAUCCUGGGACCGGGCAACCAAUUCGUGACUGCCGCAAAGAUGCUGGUGUCCAACGACACAUCCGCCGGUGUCAGCAUCGACAUGCCGGCCGGACCUAGCGAGGUGCUCGUCGUCGCCGACAAGUUUGCCAACCCGGCCUUCGUCGCUUCGGAUCUGCUGAGCCAGGCGGAGCACGGUGUCGACUCGCAGGUGAUCCUCAUUGCCAUCGAUCUGACCGAGGAGCAGCUGCUCGCCAUCGAGGAUGAAGUAGAUGCGCAGGCCAAGGCCCUGCCUCGCAUGGACAUUGUCCGCGGCUCUCUGGAUCACUCAGUCACCUUUGUUGUGCGGGACAUCACCGAAGCCAUGGCUCUCAGCAACCAAUAUGCGCCCGAGCACCUGAUCCUGCAGGUGCAGAACGCAGAGUCGGUGGUCGAGCAGGUGCAAAACGCCGGCAGUGUGUUCAUUGGCGCCUGGACUCCCGAGAGUGUAGGCGAUUACUCGGCAGGUGUCAACCACUCACUGCCUACCUAUGGCUACGCCAAGCAAUACUCCGGCGUCAACCUGGGCUCGUUCCUGAAGCACAUCACCAGCUCCAACCUGACCGCGGACGGUCUGCUGGGCCUUUCGAAGACUGUCGAGACCCUGGCGGCCGUGGAAGGUCUGGAGGCGCACAAGCGGGCUGUGAGCAUCCGUGUUGCGCAGAUGCAGAUGCAGUCAUAG